AUGCAGCCAUCCUCCUCGUCUUCAGCGCCUCGCCUCAUGCCGACGCCGACGACGGUUUCGACGUGCUCCCCGCAGACUGAGCACGGAAAGCAUGUGUUUGAGAUCUUCGGGUACAGCCAGCACAGGAACAUGGGCUUGGAGCAGGUCAUCACGUCCGGCACCUUCUCCAUCGGUGGCCACGACUGGGCCCUCCUCUUCUACCCAGACGGGUACAGCAACCGCGAGGAAAUCUGCAUUUUUCUAAAGCACUUGAGCCACGCCGAGGUGCGGGCGUCCUGCGAGCUGAGGAUGGUCGACCAGACCACCGGGCAGCCUUCAUUCUUUCGGAAGACAGGCAUGACGUGGUUCAAUCCCUGCUGUUAUAUUCAAUGUUCAGGCUUGCGCAUGAACCGCAGGGAGUUCGAGGCAUCGGUGUACCUUCGAAACGAUCACCUCACCAUCGAGUGCAUUGUCACUGUGAGGAGAUCACGUGUCUCUACAACCCAAUUCGUGAACAAAAUCGAGGCGCCGCCGUCGUCCGGCAUCACGGAGCAACUUGCCAAGUUAUUGGAGGCUGAGGAGAAUGCAGAUGUCACAUUCAGUGUUGGGGGAGAGACGAUUGGAGCACACAAGAUUCUGCUGGCGGUGCGGUCGCCAGUUUUCAGAGCGGAGCUCUUUGGGCCGAUGAAGGAGUCCAAGGUGACCAUCGAAGAUAUGCAGCCUGCUGUUUUCAGGGCCCUGUUGCAUUUCAUAUAUACUGAUUCUUUGCCUGACGUUGAUCAGAAUGAUGCGGGAGAGUCCAACAGUGAUUUGAUCUGGCAUUUACUUGUGGCUGCUGACAGAUAUGCCGUAGACAGGCUGAAGUCGCUAUGUGAAAGCAUCCUUUGCAAGAAUCUUGAUGUGGAAACUCUGCCCACUACAUUGGCUCUAGCUUAUCAGCACAACUGCGACAAGCUUAAGGACAUUUGCCUUGAAUUCAUCUCCAGUUCAAGUGUGAUGGAUGCACUGAUGGCAACUGAUGGUUAUAAGGAUCUCAAGACAACAUGUCCUUCUGCUUUGAUAGAUAUGUUUGAGAAGACAUUGAGGUUCCAUAAAAAAUAA